GGUGGAGAUUUGUCGCCAGUUUCCAAUUUUAAAAAAGAGGAUAUGCCAACUGUUCCAAGAAAUCACACUCAUUACUCACCAUUAGUAUCAAAUUGGACGAUAGCAUACAAUAAACUGACAGAAAUAGCUCUUUAUCGACAUUUUGGAACAACUUAUUAUGCACAGCAAAACAAUUUAAAGGUGAAUUGGGAUAAUGAGAAGGCGAAGAUAUUGCUAUGUAUAAUGAAGCAUCAAGCAAGUAAUUCUGGACACAGUAUACCAAACUAUACUUGUAAUAAAAGAAUUACCCUGUCAAGGCAUCCAAUUAACAAAGCAGAAUUUACAAAAUGGAUGUAUGUUAUAUUGGAAGAUAACAGGAAAGAAUUAUGUGAAAUUCAUAAACUAGUUCUGCCUCACGAUAGUGAUCUGAUUACUCGAUGCUAGUCAACAAUUUUACGUUAUUUUAUUUCUGAUCUCAUUUAUUCAGUGCAUGUACGCUUAGACCAAUAGCCCGUAGAAAGGAGGAAUAUCAUGUUGCCUUUUGAGAAAGGGAAGUGGGUUCCAAAACUUUAUUUUCGCAUAAUUGUGCAUGAUUAAAAACAAUAUCGGUGGGGGAGACUUUAGACAUUUUUGAACAUUUGGGAUGGAAAUCAAUACAUUUUGAUGUUAUGGUUACUUUUAUUUCACUGAAUGGAAGUAGAAAUAAUUUUUUUGGG